UAUAAAAAUCAAGGGUCUUGCUCUUUCUUUCUUCCCCUCUCUCAAGAUUCUCUAAUGGCGUUUGCUUCUACUUCUUCCACUCCUCUUCUUCUUCUCUUCCUCUUCUCUCUCAUCUAUCUCUCUUCCAUUGUAGCAAAUGCAAGACCAGGCCUCCAUUUCCAUCCCUGCAAUACCCUCUUCAUCUCCUUAACCAUCUCUUCCUCAAAACCCCCCUUCCAUUUCUCCUUCUCCUCAGACCAGCAAAACCCAUCUGGGUUUUUCGCCCUUCUUCGUGAAAUCGACGAAUCAAACCCCAAACCCUUCCUCCCAUCUCCCAAUCUCUUCCUCGACCGACCCGAAUUCCCACAAUCCAUCCAUUUUGACGGCAUAUCCGACGGUCCCCACAAGCCCACAAUCCCGCGGCACGUUCCUUUCGGGUCUCUUGGCGCCAGCUCGCUCCGCGACCGGACCAAUGACAUCCUCUCCAUUGUCGUCUCCCUGCUCUUUGGCGUCAGCUGCGGCGCGUUGACGGCAGCGACGAUGUACUUGGCAUGGUCCGUGAUAAUGAGCAAGUGUGAUGAAGAAGAAUUCAACGUUGAGGAUGGGAACAAUAACGUUGGUCCUAAGGCAAUGGGGUAUGUCAAGAUUCCUACCGCUUCCGUUGCCAAGGAAGGUUAUGAGGGGAAUUAGGAUUAUGGUUUUCUGAAAUGGGGUCUAGAUACAUAAUAUAGGAUUGAAUUUCUAUGCUAUUUUUGGAUUUUCUUACACUGCUUAGUGUUUUCUAUGUUUGAAUUCUUGUGAUGGAAUCGUAGAUGUUAUGAUGUUUUAAGAUGCUGUUUGGUGA